UCUGCAACAUUUACUUUACUGUCUGAUACACAAAUGAUGCCGCUGGUGGAGAUGAGGAGGCUGAUGAUAGGAAUAUUUUGUAUUAGAGAUCCAUUGUUUGUUACAGGGGCGUUAUCUCUUUGCUGGCGUCUCUGGCCAUGUUUACAUUUGGUUUUAAUGGCGGUAAACUAAGGUUGUGUCGGAGCAUGUGUGAGGACCGGGUGUUGUGUGGUGGGAGGGCGAGUCUGUGUCUGUUGCUGGUUUUGGUAACGGGUCCAGGAAGGUAGUCGCGGCGCCGCCAUCGAUUUGUUGCAACUUGUUGGAAAUUGUUGGACCAGCGCCCCGGGUGGACCAGUGCAUGAACCAGAACCACGGGUGGACCAGUAUCACGGGUGGACCAGUACCCCGGGUGGACCCAAUGGACCUGUACGUGAACCAGCGCACCAGGUGGACCAGUGCAUGAGUCAGACAUGUCUUGCAGUGUGUAGAACCAGUCCAUAAUAUAGUGGACCCUGAUAUACUACUUACAGACAUGUGGCGGUUUGUCUCGAGGAUCCGUGGUGUGUCCCUCAGACUGCCAAAUAAGCUGACCCCUGAGGGUGCAAAAUAUGAGCCCUGUGGCCCAGAUGAUUGUACCCUGAAGGAUAUUAAACCAAGGGAUGAGGGUAGACCAAAAUUUACGGUGUGCAUUGAAGGAAACAUUGGAAGUGGAAAGUCGACUCUCCUCAAUUACUUGUCAAAGUUUCGCGAGGUUGAGGUUCUGGACGAACAGAUAGACAAAUGGCGAAGUGUGAAAGGCAACAACCUCCUCGAGCUGGUGUACAGAGACCCUGCCCGCUGGUCGUACCUAUUCCAGAGCUACGUGCAGUUGACCAUGGCAGAGUCGCAUGCCAUGUCGACGGCAGCACCAGUUAAGCUCUUGGAAAGGUCCAUCCAUAGUGCUCGCUUUUGUUUUGUGGAGAACUUGUACCUCAGUGGGAAGAUGAGCGAGUCGGAGUACCAUGUGUACUGUGAAUGGUACAAGUGGCUAACGGAAUAUUUUGACUGUCGUGUUGAUCUCGUCGUUUAUCUCAGAACUGACCCUCGACUUGUUUAUGCCAGGGCAAAAAGUCGUGCCAGGGUGGAGGAACAGGAAGUACCGUUGAAGUAUUUUGAAGAUCUACACAAACGAUAUGAAGAAUGGAUGUGCGAAGAAAGAUUCCCACUUCCGGCUCCAGUUUUUGUCCUUGAUGCUAAUGAUGAUUUACCAAGCAUGUAUAGGAAAUAUAAACUAUUCACUCAUGCAAUACUGAACAACAAAUCUUUCCUUGCCUCCCUUGUGUAACUUAGUAUCUCAUACAAGAUACUUUUUUUUUUCAACAAUAAUGAUGUACAUAAUGUUUAAUUAUUCUUUGCGCUGAGUAACUGUCAGGGUCUGGUGCUUGGCCUUGGUCCUGAAUUUCAACACUGAUAUGUAUACCUAUUGAGUGCAUGUUGGAGCCUUUCACUACAUUUGAUAGCAAGUGUAGUACACAAGUGAUAUAAGUACAGUCGCCUACCUGACAUCCCGACACCUCAGGACUGAAUGAGGAGCACAACUUGUCCACUAAGCCUGUUGUCCCUCCCCAAAUAUGAAAAAUGAGUUGUUUAAUUUGGUACUUACCAAGCUGAAAAAUCAUUGUUCAGUUAAAGGUUUUACAGAUAAUUUAGUUUGUUUAAAUUCCAUGAUAUUUGUGAUGGAUUUUGUGUUAUCUGCUUAAGAAUUUAUUUAAAAAGCUGGUUACAUGCUGCUGCAGUAGUCCUUAAACUGAAUGAAAAGCUGUGACUUUUCAAGAUGCAUUUGGUGACUUAAUUAAAAAAAAAAAGUAAGUAAUUAGGUGCAAGUUGAAAAAAAGCACUGCCUAGCUUAAACUAUUAGUAUUCACCAUCGGAAAACUAUAUUCAGUUCUGGACUUCAUACAUGUUUAGAAUUUGCAUCACAUCCAUGCUAUGUGUUCUCUCUCCUGAUAAUAUAGAAGCAAUGGUAAACAAUUAUCUGAAUCAACCAAAGUAUUGUGCAGUGAUGAUUUGAGUAAUCUAUCUGUCAGCCUCAUCUUCCAUGAUCCAAAAUGUCAUGCGUCUACGCUUGAUAAUUCUUAAAGCUCCUAAGACUUCAUUCAUACAAAUCCAUCAGAUAUACUCAUUGCCUGUAACACCAUAAAGCAGUGUUGGAUUCCAUUGCUUCCAUACAUUGUGGAUCAAGAACCACCAAUGUGGCAUCUAAGCCUUCCUUUCAAAGGCUGAGAGUCGUUGUCAGUCUUAGGAACUUGUGUUCAAAUAGGGUAUAAUUGACUGUGGGGAAAACCAUAAGUAGGGAACCAAAUUACAUAUAUAGAUAUCAUUGGUUUACUAUGGUAUAGCUCUCAAGAACAUGGUUUUUAAAGCUUAUGGAGUAUAUAUACUUAUAAAUUAUAAUUUGUAUGAUUAUAGUUAUUACCAGGUUAACUUGUUUACAUUCCAGAUACAGUAUAAUUAUUUCUAUCUGAAUACAAGUGAUGGGUGUUCCAUGCAUUAUUGGUGACCAAGUCGUCUCAAAGCAGAAAUGCAUUGCUUUCUUAGCAAUUGUAGAUCCAGUACAUUGGAUUCAAUCCCACAGGGUGCUGUACUAGUUAAAUGAUGCACAAAAUUAUUACUUGCUUUAUUAGUUUUAUUUAACUUUUUGAUGGUGCUACAUGGUCUCCUUUGCUUGGCACCUUCUUUAGAUAAUUACUUGCUUAAACCAUAGCCUAUCCAAAUAUAGUAUAGCGCUCCAUAGGAUUGUUUCCAAUAACAUGUGUUAUUUUAGUUAGUGCUCAUUGUUCAGAUCAAUAAUUCCAUAAAGCUCCUUAAGAGCAUUAUUCAUUAGCUAAAUUAUAGUUGGCCAUGUUUGCUUUUGACAAACUUUUGAUUUGACCCUUGGUAUGUGCAAUUCUUACAAUUUAAAGUCAUUUUAUUUUUAAUAUUUUGUGGGUACUGGUGGCACAUACUCCUAUAUUCUUCUAAUUAAUGAAUAUACUGUAUAUCAAGGUUUAUCAUUUUAGUAGGUAAUAUUAGCCAGAGAAAUGUGAAAUCUCGAUAAGUAGAGAAAUUUAUAGGCAGAACCUAAUUCUCAUAAAUUUUAUAGUGAAAGCCUGAUACUGCAUUUAUCUUAAGUGAAUUCAUAUGGCAUAUCUGCAUUUACCUUGAGUGAAUGUCAUAUGGCAUAUCCAGUACUAAGGGAUAAUAAUCCAUCACCAAAAAAAAGAUAAAUUAUAAUUAAGAUACUGUUACUGUAUCAUCAGUAUUAUGCUUUAACCCUCAUAGUGGCUGUCAUCAAAGUUGUCACCUCAAUUGUGCAAAAAACAUUCUAAAUAAAGUGGUCUUAUAUUUUUUUAAAUAAAUUUAUAUAGUAUUUGUUGUUUAAUUUGACAUCUUAAAAUGGAUCUCCUCAAUUAGAUAUCAGGUGAUAACACUUCCCUAAUUUGCCUAGCCCAAGACUGAUCUGCAAGAAUAGAACGAAGCAAACUUGGCCAGGAAGGUAUUUAGUCUAAUAUGUAGCUUCCUUCUGAUAUUGUAG